GUGCGCGCUGGGCCCCCGUGGACCUAGAGUUUCAACGCCAAAUGGUACAAAAUGGUACUCUCUACCGAGGCACUUAUAUUUAUUACGUUUCAAAAUUUCGGCGCUUUCCGCCGCUGCGCCCGCUUUUACAUUAGUCCGUUGGAGGUGGGACGGUCCCAGUGUGUCUACGCAGGUAGCAUCCCAGACUCACAUCCGUCCCAAGCUCCAAGGCACUAAGGACACCCCAUCAGGCCUCUUGCCAUCAUCCCUGCCAGUCGGAUCAAGAAGAGCAGGCACAUUGAUGGUGGCAAGAGACCGACGGAUUAUGUCAUUAAGCGACGCAUGUCUUGAAAAACGACCUGCACUUUUUUGACAAGACAACCCAUGGUGUCCCAGUCGGUCCACGUCCGUGCCACAAGAGCAUAUAUGUGGCGUACAUACCGAAACCCCCAGUCGCAAACCAGUCGCCAGUCUUAGGGAGGUCGGAUCCAAAAAAGUACCAAUAUUAGUGAAGGAUGGGCAUGUAGCCAGUAGCCGGCUUCCCGGGCUCCGACCGCCAAAAGCCUCGCGUGAUCUGGACCUGUACAGUUGUUUAGAAGAGUAUUGUAAGUUAAAUCACAGUAAAUAUUAUACCAGCUCCUUUGUGAUUUUGGGUUGUCUGGAUAUUCUUUGCCCGGGCAAGCAAUUUUAAAAGCAUUUUUAGCAUCCUCAAAGCCCGCAAUCUCACAGUUUGUAAGAUUAUUCUAAAUGACGCCCUUAAGAUAUUUCCUAUGAGACCAGACGUGCUAUGAGUGGAUGCUAAAAAAGGCUGGGGAAGCCACACUGGAAAUUUUUAUUAAAUUUAAAUUUGUAAUAAUCUAGGUAUAUUUUGUGAAUAGAUUUCCACCCCUCUUUUUAAUGGUCAGAUUGAUUUGUAAUUUGGUUAGCGUAAGUAUAUUUUAUGUUAAUAGAUGGAAGAAAAAGACGCGCCUACAGUGGAAAUACUGGAACCAAACCUGGAAAAUUUUGCCUGGGCUGUUUUAAAUUGCCCCGUACCAUUUAAUCCCUGUUUAAUGUGGUGUAUCAGUGUCAAAAUGGGAAUUUUUGUAAAUGGAGAGUUCAACGAUACUAGAAUGAUAGAAUGGAUGAAGAUUCCCAUAGAUAUGAAGCUACUGACAGAAACUCAAGCCAAUGAAAUCGGUGAAGAAUGCUACUACAGUGUGUACCGGCUACACAGCGAUAAAGAUAUGGAAUGCAAGAAAGCUAAUGACUUGUUGUCCUGCUUUAGUGGAGAAAUGAGAAUGAUUCAUUACGAUACGUAUUCGGGUUCGUAUUCGUAUGCGUUUCCGUAUCCGGCGUCGAAUUGGUAAGUUAUUCUAUGCAGACGGAGUCUGGAGCAGAAGCUAUACUUCUUUGUUUUUUGAGCAUAAAGAAAGAUAAAUCUUAA